AACACUCCCUCAUUCUCUGCCUCGUGCCCUUAGGAUACAGCCUUGUGCCCUUCUGGUCUCCGCUAAGCAAGGAAGCAGCUACGAACAUGAAGAUCAGGUUCGCCUUUGUGUUGUUGGGCUUUCUCGCCGUGAUUGGUAUCUCGUCAGCAACGCCGCCAGCUGACAGGGACAACUACUACGAGCUGGUUAACCAAGACGAAGAGGAAACAUACGGAGUUACCAACUACGUCAGCAGGAUGAAAAGAGACGCUGAUGAUGAUGACGACGAUGACGACAAUGACGAAGAUGAUAGUGGAGAUGACGAUGACGACAACGGCGAUGACGAUGACGACGAUGACGACGAUGACGGCAAUAAGAAGAAGGACAAAUCCCCGAAGAAAGCAGAGGAGCCGAAAAAGGAGCCUAAAAUGGAAGAAGACCCUCCAAAGAAUGAGGACCAGACAGAAGCCCCCGCACAAUAAAUUCGUCCACUAUGUCAUCCCAGUUGUUGGUGAUAACAGUUCAAAUGAAUAAUUUUAAUGGUUAAAAAGGGAUCUUUUACCCU